AUGACAGCAAGAUCGGUCCGGUGUGGUUUACUUUCUGAAAGUUACUGUUCACAACUCCAGUCGAGGUGCAGCUCUCGAGGAACACACACGUGGAACCAAGUGCUCUCUUGUUCACUGCACGCCUUUACUACGUUCAAUAUGCGCAUGACCCUGGUCCUCGUGGUGGCACUGGCCCUACUCGGGUCCGCAAGUGCCCAGCGUGCCUCCAGGCUGCAGCAGAUGGUCAGAGGAUUCGUGGACGACAUGAGUGACAUGGCCUCGAGGAUUGGCACGGGCAUGCUCAAGUCCUUCAACAGCCGGCCAGGAGUGGCACGGGAGAAUCGCCCCGCUCUCCCCGGCCGCAAACGCCAGCGCCCUGUGCCCCUCGAUGACCUCCCGGCCCGCCAGUCCAGCGACAACUUGGUAGCUCCCAACGACCCUCAGCGCCCCCGCCCUGUGCUACGUCAGGAGCGCCCUCGCCUGACCUUCCGCCAGUUCGUGGACGGCACCAUGGCCGGACUCAGGAACUUCUUCCCCAGGCUCACCCGCCGAAACUUCCACCGCAGUGCUCGCGACGUGCAGCAAUAAUGGAGGCACUGAGGCCAGCAAGGUGACGGGAGCUUCGCCCUCAGGAGGGGUCGAGGGGCAUGUGGUGCACCAGCAACAUGGGAGCGGGGAUGCCUACCAGGGGCCUUCCAAUGUCCCUCAAGCUGCCCUCAACCCAUACACUGGUAACGCCGAUAGUAACACGCCUGGUGUCAGCACUGUAAAUACCAAAACACAAAAUACAAACUCGUACCACCAAAGCAUGAGCAACGGCCGAGGACCUUCGCAACGCCAGCAAGGUUUUGGUCAUCGCGGCCGCCCUUUCGGCAACCGGCGCCCAUCGUCAGCAACACCUCCGUUUCACCGUCAGAGAGACGAGCUGCUUCCUCCUGGUCCGCCCUACUCCUCCCACAGUUACGGCCCGGGUUUACAUGAUGGUCGUAUCUCCAGCGGGGUAGGUGGUCAGAACAGGGAGCAGCAGUGGAACUUUCGUAGGCGCUGGGACACUCACAAAGGCAAGAGAAUUUAAGUCUCCUUAAGACACCCACAUCCAGUCUACCACACAUACACUAAGCAAAAUAAUGUACACUUGUCAUAUAUGCACUGAUUCAAUAUGUACUACAAACACACCUUGAGAAUACAUCCACUGUACAUUUAGUUCUUACGGCGCCUAAAACAUAUAUGUAUCAAUGCAUAUACACCAGUACAUUAAUACAUUUAUAUUUCUGAUACACACACAAACAUGUGAAAACCUGCAUCCAGAAAAAUAUCAGUUGACUGUGCGCCAACUUACAUCAGCACAUCAAUAUAUACUAUAUUGCAUUUCAUAACAUAACCUGACAUAACAUCUGGAUUUACACUAAAAGACACACACAGUUUGAGACACAGACAUCGAUCUACACUCGGGCAAGACACACACCCACAGACACACACACAGACACACACACAGACACACACACACACACACACACAGACACACACACACACACACACACACACACACACACGCACACACACACACGCACACACACUGCUGCAUCCCAAGCAUUCUUCUACCGCGUGCUUCCUCAUCCGCCGCCGUUGGCUCCUCUCUCAUCACGUAAGUCCAGUAUUCGCCUAAGUAGUGCAUGGCUUUGGCUCCCGUGUUUGCUGUACAUAGCAGGGAAAGCCUCUGUGUAAAAAGGCAUGCGUCGGUUCCUAGGAUAAGAUGUCUGACAUUUUAAAGAGGUCAUGAAAACACUUCUUUAAGUUCUGCUCUCUUUUCGCACCCACUGGAUGAGUUUAUCUUGUUCUGUUAUUUUUUCAUGAUCUUAAUUCAGUUCAGGGCUACAUGAGAUUGAUCAAAGAGAGUCAGUAUUACAAGAAAUAGAUUGUACAUUCUUGGCUUAAAGUUACUAGGGCUGUAUAAUGGUUCACUAAUUUUGCGUAAAAAAAAUAUACUCAUUCAGAUUUCUUGAUACACCUUAUGUUUUAAAAAUUCACAUUUUUUGUUACUUGAGUAUUCCUUCAUAGCUGUUAAUCUACAUGUGGACAAAUGCUAUAGCAUGUUAUGUUAAGAGCAACAUACAAUUAGUUUAGUAGUUUUAGUAACGUAUUGGAAUUUUCGUCAUUUCUUUAGCACAAAGAAAAUGAAAAUAGGACCAUGGAUGUGAACAAAAUUAUGUAUAUUUUUAAACAUGGAAAACUUUUAUAUUCUUCUCACGUUGCCAGUUAUUCACGUUCGUUGUUACGAUUGGAGUUACUAGUAUUUGUUAUUUUCUUGCUUUACUUGUUAGGCUUUGAGUGAACCCUUUGACUGCAUGAGAAUGAGUGUAAAUGAAUAACACAAAGGCCGAGAUAUAAAAACAUGCAAAAUUAACCUUUCAUUAUUUUGAAAGAGUUUUGUUUAGAAAUAUUAUUUACGUUUAUCAUUAGUCGUUAUGCUAGAGCAAACCCUGCACUCUAAAUGUAUAUCUCGGUCUUAAAAGAAGAAUCCAUAAGGUUCGUUUUCCCCUCCCUCACACGGAGCACGUAAACACACCUCAUGGAUCCACAACCUGUACAUAAGAUAACACUGGAAAGAUGGGACGAAUGUAUGCGUCGGGCAGGUUCCUGACAUGUAUUUAUUAUGUACAAAUACAACUUUCUCUUAA